AUGUUGCAUUAUCCUGUACCCAUCACCCAUGCCUCGCGCGACGGCACCCUCCACGCUCACACAACGCGUUCUGAUCGCUCCACAUCGCCAUCCACUGGCAGCACCACAAGUUCAUCAUGUGCCAGUGGUUCCAGUCCUCCUUGGCUAAUGUCGCCGAGUCAAAAUACGGAAGAUCUUUUUCGGACAAUCUUGAAUAUCAGAAAAAGCUGGAAAACGCUCAAGGGCAACACCGAGCCUGUAUGGCCACCUUAUCUCGAAGUCACGAUGCUGAAAGGUCUUCAUGAAUACAAGCCAGUUGACUCACGGGAAACGCAAAUUUUAGGACGAUUCCCUAUGCGCAAUCGCUUCAUCUCGGAGUACAUUUACCACAAAACGGGAAAAUAUAGAUCAUCAAAGCAAAUUGGCAGUCGACUACAACAAAUCAGGGACACAUCCGAGGGGCGGGAAUUGAUCGAUUCUCUCGCCCGAGAAGUCGGCUCGUCACGGAGGUUUUCUCCUCAUAAUUAUGUUUUUGAGGGUGAAUCCAUGCUUGCGCUUGACUAUUUAUCUAUCGACUCUUCAGGAAGCGAUGCCUCAUCUGCCUCCUCGUCCGCCGGUUCCACAUCCUCUACAGAGUACACUGCCAUGCCGUCCUCUAAACAACGCAACCCUCCUGACACCCGUACUCCAGUCUACAUUGACAUUUUGCGAGAGGCUAGCUCAUUCUCGAGCUCCUCACGUUCGCGCGUCCCAUCGUCUUCUUCAUACAAGCCCCCUCAGGGUGUAGCUGCAUCCCAACCCUCCUCGAACACACCACGUCGCAUGCGGGACAUCGAUCCCACCGUAACCUUCGUCUCGCCCUCUGCUGUCAUUGGCAAGUCGUCCUAUAUAAUAUUAUUGGAUGGCGCACCCAUACACAGCGAGGACACGAAGCUCGAAUGUGUUGGUCCAUAUUUCACCGGUUCUUCCGGUAAUGGUCCGUUGCUCUACAGCACACCUCUAGUUCCCAAGUACUGGGAAACCUUGUGCAAAUCGCCAGACCCCACUGUAUACACCAUUAUUCAGGAUGUGUACCGUGCUCCGGACCUACCGACUCCUACAAGGUACUCAGAUCGCCCACGCCCUGUUCUCAUAUUCUCUGCUAUAUACCACUUCCGAUACUCGGCAUCUGCAUGCGCGGCCCCACCUUCCAUCUCACCACAUUUUGCAUACCAAGCCAAUCCAGCAUCUCUCACAAACAACACUCGUGCUUAUCCCGACUCGCUCAACCCCAUCCGCACGCUCCCAUCUCAAAACUACGCUAUGUCUCCGAGCCUCUCGGACUCAGGGAUGUUUCAAUCGCACGAAUACAGCACGCAAAACCAGCUGGUUGAGCCAUUCAUGUUGGACGUUAGCAUGGAUAACUUUUCCCUCGAUGACUUCAUGAUCAACAUUCAUGACUCGCCUGAGGCGACAUCAAACAACCUGAUGGCACAGUCGUCAUCAUCAAGCUUCCCGAAGGAUAUCCGCAAUUAUAUCAUGUAA